AUGAGUCUCUUGUGGGAAUACACCUUGUUGCCUCUAGACCUUGUCCCGGGGAGUGCAGGAGGAGGCGAGAGUGAAUCCAGAGACGGGGUUUUAUGCGCCGAGGACUCAUCCCAGAUAAGCGCACCUCCCACGCAGCGUGCAAUCAAGACCCAAGAGUGUUUGAGGUUCUCGUGGAUUGCGGGAUGGUAUAUAAGGACAGCCACGAAGCACUUAUGCACAGUUCCCUUGCAGCUUAGUUGCCGCGGGGAUCCUGUACACUUGACUAGCCUACAGAACACUGUCGAGAUGCGCGUCGUGGUGGCCUGGGUGCUGCUGGGACUCAGCUGCGCCGCCAAGCUCGAGGAGAAGGGCUGGGACUCCGACCCGAAGCCCGUGGGAAGUUACUUCAAGGCGGAACUGCCCUCGGGGGAGACCUUCUCCGCCUUCGCCGGGUUCGGGUCCGAGGAUGACAUCAAGAAGAGCGGAACCGUCCAUGGUUCCGCCUUUGCCUCUUCUGGAGGAGGAGGUGGAGCGGUCAAGAACAGCGGGUCAUCCACGAACGUAAAAUAUUCGACCAAUACGCAUUCCUUCUCUGCUGGAUUUGGUCCUGGGGCCACCAAGGCUGGAGAUGGUUUCCAGGGGUCGUCUGUCACUUCCUCUACAGGUGCUGGAAGGAAUAACGUGCCCGGAGGCUCCAGUAAUUCCCAUUCAGCCUUUUCAGGAUAUUCCUCGGGAAGCAGCAGUCAUUCAACAAAGGGAAGCUUCCACACAACUUCUUUCUCCAGUUCACCAGGUUCAUCAGCUGGUGGCCAUGGGUCUGCCUCUGGGUGCUGUGGUUCACUUGGCUCAGGAAGCUCUUUCUCCUCCAGCACACAUAUCACUUCCGGAUCACCAGGUUCUCCCUCUGGUUCCGUAGGAGGAAGUACCUUCACAUCCAACACCCACAGUACUGCUGGUACAUCAGGGAGCCCAUCCAGUCCUUUUAGAGGAAGUUCCUUUACAUCAAAUACACAAAGUUCUUCGGGUCCUGGUUCCUCCACUUCCAGUACUGGUACUACUGGACCUGGUUCAUCUGGGCCCGGUUCGAAAUUCGGCUCUGGUUCAGCGCUUGGUACUACUGGUUCUCGCCCAAGUUCCCCUGGUGCUCACGGGGCUGCCUCUGGGUGUUGUGGUUCACCAAGUUCCUCUGGAAGUAGUUUCUCUUCCAACACACAUAUCACUUCAGGACCACAAGUUUCCCCAUCUGGUUCUGUAGGAGGAAGUAGCUUCACGUCAAACACCCACAGCACAGCCGGUAAGCCUGGAAGUCCAUCCAGCUCUUUCCGAGGAAGUUCCUUCACCGCAAAUACACAAAGUUCCUCGGGCCCUCUGACAUCGCCGUCCGGGACUGUUGGGGGCAGCUCAGUCUCCUCGAGCAGCCACAGCUCAGCCGGGACAGGAUCGAGUCCCUCUGGAUAUAGCUAUCAGUCUCCCUCCUCCCCUUUCAGUAGCGGUGCUUCUCGCCCAGGUUCCCCUGGAUCUGGUUCUACUUUAGGUGCUCCUGGUUCUGGCCCAGGUUCUCCUGGGUCCGGUUCUACAUUUGGUGGUCCUGGUUCUCGUCCAGGUUCUCCUGGGUCCGGUUCUACUUUAGGUUCUCCUGAUUCUCGUCCAGGUUCACCUGGAUCUGGUUCUACUUUUGGUGCUCCUGGUUCUCGUCCAGGUUCUCCUGGGUCAGGUUCUACUUUAGGUGCUCCUGGUUCUCGUCCAGGUUCACCUGGAUCUGGUUCUACUUUUGGUGCUCCUGGUUCUCGUCCAGGUUCUCCUGGGUCAGGUUCUACUUUAGGUGCUCCUGGUUCUCGUCCAGGUUCACCUGGAUCUGGUUCUACUUUUGGUGCUCCUGGUUCUCGUCCAGCUUCACCUGGGUCCGGUUCUACUGGCAGUGGUUCUGGAUAUGGUUAUGGUUCACCUUCAACCAGCUUUGGGAUAGGUUCUAGUUCUCGCCCAGGUUCCCCUGGAUCUGGUUCUACUUUUGGUGCUCCUGGUUCUCGUCCAGGUUCUCCUGGCUCUGGUUCUACCUUUGGUGCUCCUGGUUCUCGUCCAGGUUCUCCUGGGUCCGGUUCUACCUUUGGUGCUCCUGGUUCUCGCCCAGGUUCACCUGGAUCUGGUUCUACUUUUGGUGCUCCUGGUUCUCGUCCAGGUUCUCCUGGGUCCGGUUCUACUUUAGGUGCUCCCGGUUCUCGACCAGGUUCACCUGGAUCUGGUUCUACUUUAGGUGCUCCUGGUUCUCGCCCAGGUUCCCCUGGAUCUGGUUCUACUUUUGGUGCUCCUGGUUCUCGUCCAGGUUCUCCUGGGUCCGGUUCUACAUUUGGUGCUCCUGGUUCUCGCCCCGGUUCUCCUGGUUCAAGUUCUACUGGAAGUGGUUCUGGGGACUCUGGAUAUGAGUACGGUUCACCUUCACCCAGCUUUGGGAUAGGUUCUAGUUCUCGUCCAGCUUCACCUGGCUCUGGUUCUGCAUUUGGUGCUCCUGGUUUCCGCCCAGGUUCACCUGGAUCUGGUUCUACUUUUGGUGCUCCUGGUUCUCGUCCAGGUUCACCUGGAUCUGGUUCUACUUUAGGUGCUCCUGGUUCUCGCCCAGGUUCAUCUGGAUCUGGUUCUACUUUAGGUGCUCCUGGUUCUCGCCCAGGUUCACCUGGAUCUGGUUCUACUUUAGGUGCUCCUGGUUCUCGCCCAGGUUCAUCUGGAUCUGGCUCUACCCUUGGUGCUCCUGGUUCUCCUGGAUCUGGUUCUACUUUUGGUGCUCCUGGUUCUCGUCCAGGUUCACCUGGAUCUGGUUCUACUUUAGGUGCUCCUGGUUCUCGUCCAGGUUCACCUGGAUCUGGUUCUACUUUAGGUGCUCCUGGUUCUCGUCCAGGUUCCCCUGGCUCUACUUUUGGUGCUCAUGGUUCUCGUCCAGGUUCCCCUGGAUCUGGUUCUACUUUUGGUGCUCCUGGUUCUCGUCCAGGUUCACCUGGAUCUGGUUCUACUUUAGGUGCUCCUGGUUCUCGCCCAGGUUCACCUGGAUCCGGUUCUACAUUUGGUGCUCCUGGUUCUCGCCCAGGUUCACCUGGAUCUGGCUCUACCCUUGGUGCUCCUGGUUCUCGCCCAGGUUCACCUGGAUCCGGUUCUACAUUUGGUGCUCCUGGUUCUCGUCCAGGUACACCUGGAUCUGGUUCUACUUUUGGUGCUCCUGGUUCUCGCCCAGGUUCACCUGGAUCCGGUUCUACUUUUGGUGCUCCUGGUUCUCGCCCCGGUUCUCCUGGGUCCGGUUCUACUGGCAGUGGUUCUGGAUAUGGUUAUGGUUCACCUUCACCCAGCUUUGGGAUAGGUUCUAGUUCUCGCCCAGGUUCACCUGGAUCUGGUUCUACUUUUGGUGCUCCUGGUUCUCGUCCAGGUUCUCCUGGGUCCGGUUCUACCUUUGGUGCUCCUGGUUCUCGUCCAGGUUCUCCUGGGUCCGGUUCUACCUUUGGUGCUCCUGGUUCUCGUCCAGGUUCUCCUGGGUCAGGUUCUACCUUUGGUGCUCCUGGUUCUCGUCCAGGUUCUCCUGGGUCUGGUUCUACUUUAGGUGCUCCUGGUUCUCGUCCAGGUUCUCCUGGGUCCGGUUCUACCUUUGGUGCUCCUGGUUCUCGUCCAGGUUCUCCUGGGUCCGGUUCUACUUUUGGUGCUCCUGGUUCUCGCCCAGAUUCCCCUGGAUCUGGUUCUACUUUAGGUGCUCCUGGUUCUCGCCCUGGUUCUCCUGGGUCCGGUUCUACUUUUGGUGCUCCUGGUUCUCGCCCAGGUUCCCCUGGAUCUGGUUCUACUUUUGGUGCUCCUGGUUCUCGCCCCGGUUCCCCUGGGUCCGGUUCUACAUUUGGUGCUCCUGGUUCUCGCCCAGGUUCUCCUGGUUCAAGUUCUACUGGAAGUGGUUCUGGGGACUCUGGAUAUGAGUACGGUUCACCUUCACCCAGCUUUGGGAUAGGUUCUAGUUCUCGUCCAGCUUCACCUGGCUCUGGUUCUGCAUUUGGUGCUCCUGGUUCUGGCCCAGGUUCCCCUGGCUCUGGUUCUACUUUUGGUGCUCCUGGUUCUCGCCCAGGUUCACCUGGAUCUGGUUCUACUUUGGGUGCUCCUGGUUCUCGCCCAGGUUCCCCUGGAUCUGGUUCUACUUUUCGGUGCUCCUGGUUCUCGCCCAGGUUCCUCUGGCUCUGGUUCUACUUUUGGUGCUCAUGGUUCUCGCCCAGGUUCACCUGGAUCUGGUUCUACUUUAGGUGCUCCUGGUUCUCGCCCAGGUUCCCCUGGCUCUGGUUCUACUUUUAG